AUGGAUAUGUCAACAUUAGGAUGGGCAUUCAUUGCACUCUUACUAUUCCCAUUAGACAUUCUAGCAGCAGGAUGUUGGCGAGACACAGUCUGCACAGGACCAACUGAAGCUGCAUUCUCCGGACCCUGGAACCAACUCAUCUACGCACCCCGCAACCGCACUGUGCGCCCUCGCUCCGUCUUCACACUUCGCGACCGCCAUCACGCCAGCUACCCUCGCACCGCUACUCUCCGCGGCAACGGCACAACCGUCGUUUUCGACUUUGGCUGCGAAGUCGGCGGCAUUGCAACUCUUACAUAUACCAGCAAUGGAACGGGCACCAUUGGCAUCGCGUUCUCUGAAGCACUGAACUGGGUCGGUUACUCAUCUGACUCUUCUAACGGGAAAUUCUCAGGAGGAGAUGGUGCACUGUAUUUCAACAUUUCCGGUGCAGGAACCGGGGCGUAUACGAUGCCGGAUGAGGUGCUGAGGGGCGGGUUUAAAUACAUGACUGCGUUUUUGAUUACAGAUACGGGAACGCAUGUUGUAUUGGUGGAUGCGCAGCUGGAACUGAGUUUCCAACCCACGUGGUCGAAUUUACAGGCUUACCAGGGAUAUUUUUACUGCGAUGACUUGUGGCUUAAUGCUAUUUGGUAUGGCGGUGCGUAUACGCUGCAGACGAAUGCUGUACCACCAAAUACUGGGCGGUGGGUUCCUAUGCUGGAGAAGGGGUGGGCGAAUAAUGGGACGCUGGGGCCUGGGUCGAGUAUCUUGGUUGAUGGGGCGAAGAGGGAUCGGGCGGUUUGGCCGGGGGAUAUGGGGAUUGCGGUGCCGUCUGCGUUUGUGAGCACGGGGGAUAUGGAGAGUGUGAAGAAUGCGUUGCAGGUGAUGUUUGAUUAUCAGAAUGCUGAUGGAUCGUUGCCGGAAUCUGGACCGCCCUUAUUGCAGCAGAAGAGCGACACUUACCAUAUGUGGACGCUGAUCGGGACGUACAACUACAUGCUAUACACGGGCGACGCAGACUUCGUACUCAAGAACUGGCCCAAGUAUCUCAAAGCCAUCGACUACAUCUACGCCAAAGUAGACUCGUCGGGCCUCCUCAAUCAAACCGGCACCCGCGACUGGGGCCGCUGGAAUACCGGCUCCAACAACACAGCCGCAAACGUCCUCCUCUUCCACACCCUCCAAACCAGCGCCCUCCUCGCAACCUGGCUCAACGACACCACCUCCCUAGCCUCCACAUGGCGCACCCGCGCCACCUCCCUCCAAACCGCCCUCCUAACCCACUCCUUCGACCCCUCCUACGGCGCCUUCCGCGACAAUGCCACAAGCACAUCUCUCUACCCGCAAGACGCCAACAGCCUCGCCCUCCUCUUCUCCCUCAUCCCCCCAAACUCCUCAACCGCCCUCUCUAUCUCCACCGCUUUGACAAAAAACUGGACCCCCCUCGGCGCCCAACCCCCCGAACUCCCAGGCAACAUCUCCCCCUUCAUCUCCGGCUUCGAAAUCCAAGCACACUUCAAAGCUCGCCGCGCAGACCGCGGCCUCGAGCUCAUCCGACGUAGCUGGGGCUGGUACGCUAAGCAUUUGAACGGCACGUAUAGUAGCACCGUCAUCGAAGGGUAUAGGGUUGAUGGAACGUUUGGGUAUCGCGCUGAGAGAGGGUAUGAAAAUGAUGCGAGUUAUGUAAGUCAUAGCCAUGGGUGGAGUUCUGGGCCUACGAGCGCGAUGACGGAGUGGGUGGCGGGGAUUAGGGUUGUGGAGCCCGCGGGGAGGAGGUGGGAGGUUCAGCCGGGGUUUGGGGAUUUGAAGAGAGCGGAGGCGGGGUUUAAGACGGGGUUGGGGGGCUUUAGAGUUAAGUGGGAGAGGGGCGAGGGAGGGUAUGGGGUUGUGGUUGAGACGCCUGCAGGGACGAGGGGAGUGGUGAGAUUGCCAGUUGAGGGGGAUGGUGGGGAGAUAGUGGUGGUUAAUGAGGUUGUUUUGGGGAGGGAGGAGUAUGUGGUUGGGCAUGGGCAGGCGGUGUUUGAAUUGGUGGGUGGGAAGUAUAGUAUUCGUGUUUCUAACUAGAAUUCGGUGUAGUAAACGUGGGUGUGAAAUGGUAGCGUAUAUUUCUCGUCUUUUGCGUUGAGCACAUUAGAAUAAC